AUGUAGCAAGAAGAAGAACAAUAUUCGUGUCUUGAAGAAUUCUUUAUUGACAGUUGUAGAUUUGGAGAUUAUGAAGAUGCGAUUGGAUGCUUUGAAGACAAUGUUGAUUUGUUUUGGAUUGACAUAAAUUAAAAUAACUGCAUUCAUAUGGUAUCAGCAAAUGGUCAUUUAUUGAUACUUGAAUAAAUUAUCUCUUAUUCUCACAAAAAAAACAUUGAUUUGCAAAAAUUAAUUAACCAUCAAAAUUAAUAUGGUUGUACUCCUCUACAUUGGGCAGUGUUAAAUAAUUAAUUAGCUAUUAUAACAAUAUUAUUAUAAAAUGGAGCAGAUGUUACCAUAAAAAACUUAAAUGGAUUAACAUGUAUAGAUGAAGCUUUUUAGCUUGAUAAAGCAGAAGUUAUAGAAUUAUUAUCAAAAAACAUCUCUUUAACAGAAGAUCAAUAAUAGAGUUUCUAAGAAGCACCAGAUGUUACAGAGAAGGAUGAAGAAGAUUAAGUUGAAUGAUUUGUUUAUAUUUUAUGUAAAAAAGUAAUCAAAUUACCUUUUUACA